AUGGUUGAUUUUAUCACCGAUUAUUUGGAGUCAAUCAGAAAGCGUCGAGUGUUUCCCGACGUUAAACCCGGAUAUAUGAGACACUUAUUGCCAGAAAGCGCUCCCAUUAAUGGCGAGGAUUGGAAUAUUAUAUUCGCUGAUAUUGAGAGGGUUAUAAUGCCCGGAGUAACUCAUUGGCAGUCGCCUUAUAUGCACGCAUACUUUCCGGCCCUCAACUCUCCCGCAUCGCUGUUGGGAGAUAUGUUAGCCAAUGCUAUUGGAUCACUUGGAUUCACCUGGGCCUCGAGUCCCGCGUGCACUGAACUGGAGAUAAUAGUAAUGGAUUGGUUGGCAAAGAUGAUCGGACUUCCCGAUGACUUUCUUCACAGCAAAUCGCCCACAAAUGGCGGCGGAGUUAUACAGACGACGGCAUCGGAGUCCACAUUCGUGGCUCUAUUGGCGGCCAGAACUGAGGCUAUACUGAGAAUCAAAGCGGAAAACUGUAUGGAAGAGUUGGACGACGCGGAGAUCAAUAGCAGACUUGUGGCCUAUUGUUCAGAUCAGGCGCACUCGUCAGUGGAAAAGGCGGGUCUCAUAGGUUUGGUGAAAAUGAGAUACAUUGAGAGCGACGAGAAGCUGUCCCUCAGGGGAGAUAAGUUGAUUGAAGCGAUUAAACACGAUAGGGAUCGCGGACUCAUCCCGUUCUACAUAUGCGUAACAUUGGGCACAACCGGCGCCUGUGCUUUCGACAACCUCUUGGAAAUCGGACCAAUCGCUAAGAACGAAGACAUUUGGAUUCAUGUGGACGCGGCCUAUGCCGGCACUGCCUUCAUAUGUCCGGAGUUUCGCAAAUGGUUGGAUGGCAUCGAUUACGUCCAGAGUCUGGCGUUUAAUCCAUCGAAAUGGAUGUUAACUCACUUUGACUGCACAGCGAUGUGGGUUCGCAACAGUUCCGCACUUCACCGCACUUUCAAUGUUGAACCACUUUAUCUCAAGCAUGAGAAUAGUGGCCAAAGAUUAGCCAUGGAUUUCAUGCACUGGCAAAUCUCAUUGAGUAAAAAGUUCCGUAGUUUAAAAUUAUGGUUUGUUAUAAGGAAUUAUGGAUUAAAGGGUCUACAACAACACGUGAGGAAAGGCGUGAAAUUGGCGACAGCUUUUGAAGAACUGGUCAGAAGUGAUACACGAUUUGAAAUCCCGGCCGAAAGACAUUUAGGACUCGUUGUGUUUCGUCUGAAGGGUCACAACGAACUGACCGAAUGUCUGCUCAAAAAGUUGAAUUCAAGCGGACGUUUGCAUUGCGUUCCCGCGUCUCUGAAGGGCACGUAUGUCAUCAGAUUCACGGUUACCUCACUUCAGACCACAACCGCUGAUAUUCAACGAGAUUUCGCUAUUAUUAAAGAGAUGGCCACUACUGUCCUCAAGACUUACGGAAUACCAGAGCAUCGCAUCAGUCGAGCCAUACCUUUGGCCGAAAUCAAGAAGAGAACCCCCGGUUUCGGUACAAGUCUUUUGCUGUCCAACAGUCCAAUGACUCCGAAGAUCAUAAACGCCAGUUUUGUGGCCAUUUUUGAUCAGCAAGACUUGGCCCACGAGUUUGUCCGUCAUUUCGGUAAACACAUGGACUUAAGUGCAAACAAUAGCCCACAACUCAGACGAAGAAUUAAAGGUUUAAUGCUUACAGACAAACAGCACAGUUUGGACUCAAGAAUGGAUUUAAUGAGUACUAUUAUGGCGUCCGUAAACAUAACGGACAAAACAAGUCAACCAAAGUUUGGCGCAAAGGGUGCGCGAAUUCAUCGCUUCUCGAGUUCAUCGAGUGCGGAAUCACUGCCGGAGAAAGCGAUCCAAGAGAUAGACGAAAACGGAGAGACAGUGACGGCUCAAGUGAAAGAAGAGCCGCACAAGAGUCGGCCGGAGAAGCACUGCAGCCGACUUUGUUCGUCAAACAGUCAGUAG